CAGUAGAACAAAACAUUAGGGUUUCUCACAUCAAAUCCAGACCCAAACAACUUAGCUUUCACAAUCCACCAAAAACAAUGGCGACAACAAAUCAACAACAACAGCAGGGAACCACAAACAACAAAAUAGAGAAAAGAAAACCCGUGUUCAUUAAAGUGGAUCAGCUCAAACCCGGAACCAACGGUCACACACUGAUCGCAAAAGUUUUAACUUCGACCACAGUUUUGGAAAAGGCACGACCCACUGCUUCAUCUAAUCGCCUACGCAAUACCCAGAUCGCCGAAUGUCUUAUCGGCGAUGAAACUGGCGCUGUUCUCUUCACUGCCCGUAAUGAGCAAGUUGACUUGAUGAAACCAGACACUACUGUAAUUAUCCGGAAUGCAAAGAUUGACAUGUUUAAGGGUUCCAUGAGGAUGGCUGUUGACAAGUGGGGACGCAUCGAGGUCACUGAACCGGCCAAUUUUGAUGUAAAAGAGGAUAACAAUCUUUCCCUUGUGGAGUAUGAACUGGUGACGGUGGCUGCUGAAGAAUGAAGUGAUUAUGGUAGUAAUUCUGCUAGUAAUUUGACGUCUACAUAGUGGUUAAUGAAAUCGAAAAGCCUGGUGGUUGUUUCUGCUCGUUCUUCGUGUGGCAUGGGUGCUAUUAAGAUAUAAUUUCAAUGGUAGUUGGGUUUGGUAUACAGAAAUUCCUGAAAUUGGUUAGCCCUUCUUUUUAAUUUUAACUUUGUUAACGUCUAUUAGGAGUAUUUAACGUCAUGAAGUGCUUGACGAGAUUGUCACUUGAUCUAAUCUUGUGAAGGAUUGGUGGAAUCUGAACUAUUGGUGUUAAUAGUAAAAAUCCAAUUAUCUAA